AUGAGAAAUUUGAAAUAUCUUAUCGUUCCUUUCUUAUGUAAAUCUUCAUUGCUUAAAUUAUCAACUCAUAGUCGAGAUGAAUCAUACACAAAAGUGUAUGCUAAUUAAAAAAAAUAUAAGAUUGAGUAUAACUAAUCAUAAUAAUAUUUAAAAGACCCGAAACUAUAGUAUUUAGUGGAAAUUCUAAUAGUACAUUGGCAAAUGAAGUUGUUAAAUGUUUAGGUAUAACACUUGGAAAUGUUGUAUUGGAGAGAUAUGCAGAUGGAGAAUGCAAUAUAUAAGUUAUGUUAUUUUAAUUGUUAGGUUUUAGAUAAUGUAAGAGGAAGAAAUGCUUUUAUAAUUCAAUCAACAUGUCCUCCAGUAAAUGAAAAUUUAGUUGAAUUAUUUUUGUUUAUAAGUGCCUUAAGAAGGACAUCUGUAAAAUCAAUAACAGUCAUUGUUCCUUAUUAUGGUUAUUCAAGAUAAGACCACAAAUUAGUUAAGACUUAAUCAAUUGCAGCUGCAGAUAUUGCAAGAAUGUUAGAAAAAACUGGAAUAGAUCACCUUGUUUCAAUUGAUCUUCAUCGAGGAUAGCUUUAAGGAGCUUUUUCAACAGAUGUCCCUGUAGAUAAUCUUUGUCCAUAUAUAACACUCAUUCAUGAACUUAAUAAUCAUCCAUUAAAAUUAAGUCCACCAAAUGAAUUGACUUUAGUUUCUCCUGAUUUUAAUGGUGUUUCAAGAGUUAAGAAAGUUCAAGAUGAACUAAAAUUUGCAUUCCCUAAUAUCAAGACAAGUAAUAAUCAUUUUAGUAUCUUAAAAAGAAAUGGCUAUGAUAUAUAAAUCUAAGCAUCCAGUUACUGAAACAGAAAUAAGUCUAGUUGGAGAUGUGCAUGGAAAAAAUUGUUUGAUCAUUGAUGAUAUUGUAGAUUCAGGAAGGACUCUCAGAAAUGCAGCUGAUAUUUUAAUAAAAGAAGGAGCUAAAUCAGUUAUGGCUUACGCAACACAUCCAGUUUUAUCAGGAAAAGCUGCUCUUACAAUAGGAAUUUCAAAUUUAUCCAAGAUUUAUGUAACGGAUACCAUACAAGUUAAAGAAUUAGAUAAAGCAAUCUUACAAGAUAAGUUGACGGUUUUAAGUGUUGCACCAUUAUUAGCUGAAACUAUUUACAGACUUUAAAGAAAGGAGAGUUUACAUGAACUAUUAAGUUAAAAUAAACUUUGA